AUGCCGUCAAUUGACAGCGAUGCCUUCGGGUUCCCUGUUGCGAAGAGACAGAAGGUUGCCCCAGGCCAGCUUGUGUCUCAAGAUGCUGCUCACCCUCCGAGCUCUCGGAUAUUCUCCCCCUUCAGAACUCUAGGACUUGUAUCCCCAACUACAGUGCCAUUCACCUCCGUCCCGCUGGGCAAAACUACGUUCCAAAUCACUACAUCCGUAGGCAGAUCCCUACAGACGUAUGACCUCCGCCGUGGCCUCAGCCUCGUCUUCCUCACACGCCCUCAAACCCCCGCGGCUAUAACGGCGAUAUGCGCCUGGAAAGAUAAAGUGCUGGCUGCCUGGGGUAGUGGAUCGCUGGCCAACGAAUCCGCACAAGGUGUCUGGGUUUUCAAGCGCGGGAAGAAGAUCGGAGAGUUGCCAUUCCCCGCCUCACCAACAGCCACUGCGGGAGCAAUAGGAGCAACCGAGCCGAUUGAGCAGUUACUCGUGUUUGGCUCGUGGAUUGUCGGAUGCGGUUGCAGAACCAUACGCGUGUGGAAAUCUACGACCUUCGAGCAUUACACCACACUCAUCCCUCCCAGCCAACGAAAGACAUUGUCAUCAGCAGCAGCAUCAUCAGUGACGUCUGGUGGCACCACUCGAGUCCUGACAGGCCGGAUAUGUAAUAUGCCAACAUACCUCAACAAGAUCUUCGCGGGCCGCCAGGAUGGUAGCAUUGAUAUCUGGAACCUCUCAACGGGGAAACUUGUCUACACCAUCCUCCCCACAACACCAGAUGCAGGCGCCGUUACUGCCAUGCAGCCCACGCCCGCCCUCUCCCUGAUCGCAACCGCCUACAGCAGCGGAGCCCUGACCAUCCACAACGUCAGAACGGACCAGGUUGUCCUAAACCUCCGCUCCCCCACUUCCACUUCUUCCACUUCUUCUACCACUCCCUUCUCUCCAAUAACCUGCAUCUCCUUCCGCACUGACGAACUGGGCGCUGGCCACGACGGGCGCAAAGCAGGCGUCAUGGCCACUGCCAGCGCUGACAGUGGCGACAUCACCAUGUGGGACCUGAACAACGGCGGCAAGAUCACCGGCGUCCUGCGCGACGCACACGAGUCCUCUUCUUCAUCAUCCUCGUCUGAAGAGCCCGGCGUUAGCAAAAUCGAGUUUCUACACGGCCAACCCGUCCUAAUAUCCACAGGCACAGAUAACGCCCUGCGUUCCUGGAUCUUCGACGAGACCCCUUUCUCCCCUGUCCCUCGCCCCCUGCACUCGCGCAGCGGCCACUCGGCACCCAUCACAACCCUCCGCUUCCUCCCGGCCUCCUCUGACGAUUCCGACUCCGUCGGUAAAUGGAUCCUCAGCGCGAGCAAAGACCGCAGCCUAUGGGGCCUGAGUCUGCGAAAGGAUUCGCAGAGUACGGAGCUGUCGCAGGGCCAUGUGAAGUUAAAGAAGAAGAAGAGGGGGUUUGCGGGAGCGCGGACGGAGGACUUCAAGACUCCUGAAAUUACCUGUAUGGCAUGCUCGUUGAAUAGGGACGGGGGCAUGGGGACCGCUGCUGGCGCUGCUGGUGCAAACGGGCCGGUAUGGGCUAAUGUGAAGGGCGGCACUGCGGAGGCGACCAACUUAACUGGGUGGGAGAGUGUUGUUACAGGCCAUCGGGGCGAUAAAUUUGCGAGGACGUGGUUUUGGGGGAGGAAGAAAGCUGGGCGAUGGGCUUUUGGGACGCACGAUGGAACGGAGGUUAAGAGCGUCGCGGUUUCGCCGUGUGGCACCUUUGCACUAGUCGGAUCUGCUGGUGGUUCCAUUGAUAUGUACAAUCUCCAAUCUGGCAUGCAUCGACAGUCAUUCCCUGCGCGGGUAACCCCCACCCAAGCAAGAAAGUUAAAGAUGAUGCAAUUGGAUGAGAUGAGCGAUCUAGCGACCGGGUCCAGUGGCAAAAGAAGCUUCCAAAUGGGCGAAGGAAAACAUACCAGUGCCGUUUCUGGGCUGAUGGUUGACGCAUUGAAUACGACGGUUAUAAGCUGCGGGCUUGAUGGGAAAGUGAAGUUCUGGCAAUUCCUCACAGGCCAACUGCUCCACGAGCUAGAUUGGCACCCCAUGUGCUCCAUCACGGGUCUCCGCGCCAAUACCUCCAGCGACCUCAUCGCGCUAAGCUGCGACGACCUCUCCAUCCGCGUUAUCGACAUCGAGACGCGCAAACUCGUGCGCGAGCUCUGGGGCGCCAUGGGCCAGAUCAACGAUUUCUGCAUCUCCAACGACGGCCGCUGGAUCAUUGCCGCGUCCAUGGACUCCGUGAUUCGCGUCUGGGACCUGCCGACAGGCCAUCUCAUCGACGCGUUCCGGCUGGCGAAUACAUGCACUGCGCUCGCGAUGUCGGCGACGGGCGAGUUCCUGGCGACGGCGCAUGCGGAUGGAGUCGGGGUUAAUAUCUGGAACAACCGGAGCUUGUUCACGCAUGUGCCGACGAAACAUAUUGAGGAGGAUGCUAUAGUGGAGGUCAGUGCGCCGACGGCGUCUGGGGAGGGUGGGGCGGCUGUCUUGGAAGCGGCAUUUGAGGAGGAUGCGGGGGAGGGCGGCCGUGGUGAGGACUGCCCUUUGUUGCCGACGGAGCAGCUGAGUGGUGAUAUGAUGACGUUGAGUAUUACGCCGAAGAGCAGGUGGCAGACACUCUUGCAUCUAGAUAUUAUCAAGGAAAGAAACAAGCCCAAAGAACCGCCCAAGGUCCCGCAGAAAGCGCCAUUCUUCCUCCCUUCAACCCUCUCAAAGCCUGACUCCGACUCCUCCACGCAACUUGUCUCCGCACCAGCAGCAGCAGCAGCAGAAGGCAGCUUAGGAACCAAGAAGACCACGCCGGCCGAACGAUCCCGGAUCGCCAAGCUCCAACUCGCCAAUGACCCCAGCAUGCAACCCUCAACUUUCACCGCCCUCCUCCACUCAUGCUCCUCCGACAGCAACAACGGUAACAGCAGUGACAGCAGUAACAGCAACCACUACGCGCCAUUCAUCGAGUACCUCAAAUCCCUGCCGCCCGCCAAAGCCGAUCUAGAAAUCCGCUCUCUCGACCCGGGCCUGCUCAACGGGCGCAAGCAGGGCAUGAACGAGCUGGUGGCGUUCGUGGAGGCGCUGACCGCACAGCUGAGGACGAGGAGGGACUUUGAGCUUGUGAAUGCGUGGAUGGCUGUGUUCUUGAGGGUGCAUGGGGAUGUUGCUGUUGAAGGGGAGAGUGUUGGUGCUGGUGCUGGUUUUCGGGAUGGGGGUGGGGACGACAACGAGGCAGAGACUACGCGGGCAGCGCUGCGGGAGGCGUUGGCGCGGUGGAAGGUUGAGCAGGAGCGGGAGGGGAGGAGGUUGGCGGAGCUAGUAGGGUAUUGUAGGGGGGUUGUGGGGUUUUUGAGGUCUGCGAGAUAG